AUGCCAUUACAAUAUAGUGCGGCAAGAACAUCAAAUGUUACUAAAAGAAAUAAUUCAAAAUCUCCAAUAAAAAAGUUUCAAAGAGAUGCUAAAAAAUUAUUACCAAGUCAAAAGUUAUAUAAUCAAAAUUUAAAUAAAUCUAUAACCAAUAAGUCUGGAUCUCCUUCUCCUCCAGUAUCACCAUCUAAAAAUAAUGAUCGUGAAAAACUAGUGAUUAAAGAUUAUGAUAUUCAAUUAGAUUAUCAAGUUGAUUCUUCAAAUGAUGAUCUUGUUGUAGCUAUAGAUACCAUAUUAGAUAAUAGAUGGUCAGAUGAAACUUUUUUACAUGAUAAAUUUAGUUUGAAUCAUUUAAAGAAGUUGAAUUUGGAAGAAAGAAUCUUUAGUAUAAAAGGUUUAUCAAGUACAACUAAAGCUGAUAUAAUAAAGUAUAGAACUCAAUUAUUACCAGAAGGAUUAAUUACAACCACUCAACUUUAUUCAAUUUUUAACAAACAAGGUCAUACAUUUGUUGAUAAAUUAUUAGAAUUAAAUAUACGAAAGGGAAUUAUAAGAAAAUUUAUAAUUAGUAAUGCAUCACCAAUAAUUUCUAGAUCAUUAAAUAAUUUUCAAAUAGGUAAAGUCACUUAUGGAUUUGAAAAUGUUGAUUUAGUUGUGAAAAACGAUAUAUAUUAUAAACAAAUAGAGAAAACUUUAAGUUCAUUAAUAGAUCGUGAGACAAUUGAUUCAGAAACUAAAACAAAACACAAUACACUUCAAAAAUUUUAUAACUUCAUCAAGAAAAAUCCAACAGAUUUAUUCAUUUCAUCAAGUAAUUUUAAUAAUGAAGAAAUAUCAUCAUUAGUUCAAAUGGGAUAUAUAACAUUAAAUUCAAAUCAUUUUAAUGAAAUUGAAAAUAAUUAUGCAAUAUCUUUCCCAAAUUGUGGAAUAUAUUUAAAAUUAAUAAAUGAAGGUAGAAUAUGGUUAGUUAAAUUAUUAAAUAAAAUUAAAUAUAAAGAAAUGUUAGAAGAUGAAAUUUUUAAUAAAUGGUGUGGUAGAAUUUUUGGAGGUUAUGGUCAAUCAAAUACCAAAAACAAUAGUGAUACAAAUUUAGAUAUUUUAAAAUUAAAUAAUUUCAAAAAACCAUUUUUUGGAUAUGAUUUAAAUUGGAUUUUAGCUGAUGCGUUAGGAGCUGGAAUUAUUGAAGUAUUUAAUACACCUGUUGGUAGAGGUUGGAGAUUAACUGGGAAAGCUUGA